GCGGAGCAACUAAAAAAGAGGAGUCUUUAUCUCUCGAUCAAGCCAAGUCUAAAAAUAUCUUUGCGUCACCGUUUGUGUUUUCUCUCUUUAGGGUUCUUCUUCUUCUACAGCCUUUCCAGUAAACAUGAGUCGUCAUCCUGAAGUUAAGUGGGCUGAGACUACCGACAAGAUUUUCCUCACUGUAGUAUUAGCAGAUACUAAGGACACGAAGGUCAAUCUAGCCCCAGAAGGUGUCUUUGAUUUCUCUGCUAAAGUUGGUCCAGAAAACCAUCUUUAUGAGCUUAAACUCGAACUUCACGAUAAAGUCAAUGUUGAGGAAAGCAAGAUCAACGUUGGAGAAAGAAGCAUAUUCUGCAUAAUAGAGAAAGCAGAGCCGGAAAGGUGGAACAAACUACUCCGUGUCGGAAAGCCGCCACACUAUGUCAAAGUGGAUUGGGACAAAUGGGUAGAUGAGGAUGAAGAAGGCAGCGCUGGUGCUGGAGAUAUGGAUAUGAGUGGAAUGGGAGGAAUGGGUGGAAUGGGUGGAAUGGAAGGAAUGGAUUUCUCGAAAUUUGGGGGAAUGGGCGGACUUGAAGGGCUCGGUGGAAUGGGUGGACUCGGUGGUAUGGCUGGACUUGAAGGACUUGGCGGCAUGGGUGGCAUGGGUGGUAUGGGAGGAAUGGGAGGCAUGGGUGGUAUGGAUGGAGUGGAAGAGUUUGAAGACAGCGAUGAUGAAGAAGAAACAGCGAAAUCAGGAGACAAGAAAGAUGAUGCUGUUAAGGUGGAAGCUCCUGCGACAGAGAAGGCACCAGCAGAAGAACAAACAACAUCUGUUAAAUCAGACAAGUGAAGACACUGUUCUAGAGAUGAAACCAUAUGGUGGUAUUUAGUAGCUUUUCAGGUUCCAUGAAACCCUCUGAAUCCCUCCCUUCUUUAUAAGAAUGUUGUUUACUCUGUUUUCCUUUCUAUGGAUUUGUCAUCGGUUUAAGUUUCUGCAUAUUGUCGUGGUUUUAUGGUUUCCAAAACAUUCCUGGACUUGCAUUUUUUUGGUUUUGACAUAAGAGUUUGUUUAGGCAGCCUUCUAUGUGUAACUGCCGAAUACAAUCUAGUAAUCUAUCCAUCUUUUUCAUAA